UUUUGUCAAAAAAAAUCAAACGCGUGAAAUACUUAAUUGGACAUCUUUCCGACCGAAAAACACAAGCGCAAAAAUAACGAUGUGUCAACUUCUAACGAAUUGUAUUUAAUAUACAAGCGAUACGUGCUGGUAGGAUUGUGAUAAAUCGAAGUACCGGUAUACAAAGUGUGUAUUUCCAUGCGUACCACGCGUGAUUGAACAACAUCACUAUAACAAGAUUUUUCUGUUAAAAUAACUUACGCUCUUAUAAAAUGCCAAAGGCUAUUUUUAUGGCCUGACGCUUGAGAUAAAAUACGGAUCACAUUUUCACUGAAGCCGAACACGGUUACAUGUGGCUAUUAAUACGUUCGUGGUGUGCUGAAUACACUCACUUCAUGUUACGAAUAUAGUCAUAUGUCGUCAAGAUCUCACGGUGAACGAAAUCAUAAUAUACAGGACCAGCUCUUAUUCUUUGGUUUCGUAAAAUUAAAAAGUGGAAUUUAAUGGAAUGCUUCGAAAAGAGCGGAUUAAAAAUAGGCCACAGUUUGAUAGCGACGCAUCUAGGACUUAACUGCGGAAAUAAAUCUAGCGAUUGGAUGUUUUCUCAAUAAUGGAGACCAGACGAUUCUUCUACGGCGCCCUCUCCGCCAGCUUCCUCUUCACUGUUCUAACCAUGCUCCAGACGAACAUCUCAAUGCGCAUGCGCACACUUCAGUCUCCACAAGAUGGCAACAACCGUGUGGUGACGUUAGAGAAAAGCAGAGAGGUUACAAUUCACCAGAGACAGCAAGAGGCAGCUAUAAAUCUAAAUAUCCAUCUAAACGUUUCAUUGGAAAACAUACCUGAAAGUUUAGUCUCGUUUCUGAAAAGCAGGAAUCAAGAAGAUAAACUGAGAAAUGCGAGUAUUUUGAACAUGCACACAGUCGAUUCAACGCCGAAAAACAAUCACAAAAUAGUAGAAACCGACAGCUUCCUUACAUUGUUUGCCACUUGGAAAGCAGAAAAUGACACCAAAGAAAAAAUCCACAAUUUCACAUUUGUCAACUGGGCGCGUAUGAAACCUGCCGUCAACCCAAUUUUGUUUACAGACUCUCCAGUCGUAGCCGCGACAGCGCAUGAAUAUGGAUGGAACGUGCUUCCUUUACCAACAACCAACGUGUAUGGAUUACCAAUUUUAAAACUCAUGUUCUUAGAGGCAAUAAAACAAUAUAAUUCUCACUUUUACGGCUAUGCAAACUCCGAUAUACUUUUUACAAAUAAUUUGAUAUUAACUUUAGUUUCAAUUUUAUACCAAAGCCCUCACACAAAUUAUACCCUUGUGACUGGUCUCCGAACAAACGUGUACAAUCUCAACGAAACGGAAGCCGCUACGUCUGUUAGUUUAACCAUGACGGCUGCCACUAGAGGUCAGGUAUUCCAACCCUCGGCGGAGGACUAUUUUAUAACCACGCGGGAUUACCCCUGGGACAGUUUACCUGACUUGGUGGUAGGGACUAUAGCUUAUGAUAAUUAUCUAGUGCUAAAUGCGAGGUACCAACAUCAUAAUGUCAUCGAUGCUUCCAAAACCAUACUAGCCAUUCAUCAAAGCAAUGGCCUGGACGUAUUUGAAUCUCACAUAAAACUUAACGCGGAUUAUAAUAAGGUUUUGCUUCGAAAACGUUGGUUUAAUAUAAAUCCGCCUUACAUCAAAGGCUUCUUGAGCUGUAUUGAAAAAUAUGUGGACGUUGUUCAAGAUAUUAUAGUGAUAAAAACUAGAACACCACCCAACGACUGUAAAUUUUAGAUAAAACGCUUGUUUGAAUCGACAAUCAAACAGUUGCCUACAUAGUAUUACCGAAGGUAUGGCUCAACUUACCGUGACACAUACAGAAGGGUAUACACUGUUGGUACAAGUAGCAUAUUUUCGUUGAUAGAAUAUGAGACGCGUUGCACGCAAUAUGCAGUAGGACAUGCGGAUAGUUUAGCUCAAGAUAAAUACAUCCGUCCAAUCUGCGAAAGAGUCAUAAUGAACGCUAAUAAUGAGACCACGAAACCUUGCAUGACUAGAUAGCAGACAGGGUACCUCCUGACCAGAAUGCGCAAAGCCACAGUCGGGCCUGGAGCUACGAUGGCCCCUUAAGAUAUAAUAUCAAUUUUCGCACGACGGGGCUCAUAAGUAAAGUUUUCCCCUCAAUAUGAUAAAAAUUGUUUUUUGUUUCAUUUAUGCCGCAAAUUUGUAAUCGUGUCAAUUCUUUCAUGUUAUGUUAUGUUAUGUCUUUCUUUCUUUUAACCGGUAAUUGUUUAACUUUUUCAAUUAUAUGCUCAUAUGUUUAUUGAGAUCUGUGAUAUUGCAGCUAAUGUUUUAUCGUAUCGUCUUAAUUACAUUACAUAUUUUAUAGUUCAGUACUGCUAAAGUCUUUAAUUUAUACACAAUGUCUAAGCAUGACGUGUGAAGGCAUUAUUGUGUAUGUGUCCGAUCAGGUGACUGUGCGCACACCACGUGACGCAUGCAUGAACCUGUGGGACCAUGUCUACUUCUACACACUGCUUCAACCACAUGAUUGACCAUCAGUUAUCGCAUAGUAUGUAUGCCUUAUAUAAGAACAUUAUUUAUGUGAUCAUUGAAAAGUAUUACGAUCAUUAUAGUUACUAUUUACUUAUACAUUUUAUUUAUCAGUAUGUUUGUUCUUACCUUUGUGUUAUGAUGCACAUAUGUCGAGUAUAAUCUUUUGUAUUUAAUGACGUAUCAUUUUUUGGUACCGAUAAGCUACUCGCUCCGUGCAUUAAAGUCUUACAACCAUAACAUA